AAUUUUAUUUGGAAAUAUUUUUUCAGGGGAUCUAAUAGAUGGACUCUCCGCUAAUAAACUGGAUACUUCCUACACUCACUUGCUCACUGGGUACAUUGGGAACCCAAAAAUUCCUCUAUAAGGUAGCUGAGGUAGUUUAAACAUCUCAAGGCUGUGUGUCCAUCGCUUACUUACAUCUGUGACCCUGUGAUGGGAGACAACGGCCACAUGUAUUUACCAAAGGAGCUAUUGCCAAUAUAUCGUGAAACGAUCGUGCCUCUGGCUGAUAUUAUUACACCCAACCAGUUCGAAGUGGAGUUGUUGACCGGCAAACCCAUCAAUCAGCUGGCAGACGCAUUGGCAGCUGUUGACUGGUUCCACCAGCUGGGAGUCAAAACCGUAGCAAUCUCCUCCUCUCAGCUGGGUUCUGGCAAUCACCUGCUAGCACUCGCCAGCUCUAUAGCUAAUGGCAAGAAGAGUCAAGUGACCAUAGAGAUCCCACUUCUGGAUGCCACAUUCACAGGGACUGGAGAUUUAUUUGCUGCCUUGUUCCUGGCAUGGAUGGCGAAGUCUGGAGGAGUGUUGAAGGAGGCCUUGGAGAAGACUGUGUCCACUCUACAAGCUGUUCUUAACCGAACUCUCCACGUAGCUUCACAAGACUCCAGUAAAGGAGGAAAGUUUUCUAGAGAGCAACUGGAACUUCGGCUAAUACAAAGCAAACAGGACAUAGAGAACCCGACAGUGACUCUCCGAGCUCAGAAUAUCAGCUAACAUCUUGGAGCUAUUGCUGUCUUAGCACAAAGUAGAUAUAUAUUGGAAACAAUGGUCAAGUUUUAUCUGAAGUUAGUUUUUGUGUGUAUUGUUUAGCAUAGUCAGAUCCAUAGAGCAUAUGACGUAGUAUAAGAUAAUAUAUAGUGUAUAUCUGCUCAGCAUAUGUAACUGACUUUACUGUUGACAGUUUCAUAUGAAAGUCAAGAGCAAGACUUGGUGCUGAUUAUCAUUAUCAAAUGUUGAUAUAUUAUAUCUUGUAUUUGUUCCAAUUUUUUUCCAAAUAAAAUACAAGAUUGCUUAAAUGUUACCAUUAGCUAA